ACAGAAGGACACCUGACACCGAUUUAUCUACAUGGCUAGCACCGAGCCGGAACAUCUGGCGGCAACUGAGGGGACCGGGGAAAUCGCUCUGGUGGGUCUCAAACUGGGUCGUCCCAUGCGGCUACCACGACCUUAUUUCACGAUACUAAUGUUGGAUCAAACCAGGAUGGCCAACAAGAGACAGAUUCGGCGUAUGCGGAAUCCACUCAUGAGAGCGAUACGACAUCGCUAAAAUCGAGCAUACGGAACUAUCGCUGGCAUCACGGGAGGCGUUAUCAUUCGUAUGGGGAAGGGGAGUAUUGGGGGCCUAACGAUGAUGAACAAUUGGACAAUGAAGAUUUCGGGCAUCAAAUGUUCAUCAAGAUCCUGAAAGACAACCUGUUCGUCGCCCCGAUAGGUGAAGACCCGCAGCGGAUUCUUGAUAUUGGAACUGGCUCUGGGAUUUGGGCUAUUGAUGUCGCCGAUCAAUACCCAUCUGCCGAAGUUAUCGGUGUUGACAUAUCCCCCGUCCAACCGUCUUUUGUCCCUCCUAACUGCCGCUUUGAGCUCGACGACGCUACUCAGCCGUGGACUUUCCAAGAGAACCACUUUGACUUCAUCCAUAUCCGCAUGAUGAACGGAUGUGUGCCGGAUUGGACGGCUUUCUACCGGCAAGCUCUGAAACACAUUAGACCUGGCGGCUGGUUUGAACAGGUCGAGCUUUCUAUCCACACGCAUUGCGACGAUGGCAGCCUUCCCGAUGACUCCGUUUUUCAUAAAUGGGCACAUCUAUUCAUCGAAAUUGGCCAGAAAAUUGGAAGGACGUUCGAGGUAGCAGAGAGUGCUCCAGAAUGGCUCAAAGCGGCCGGAUUUGUGAACGUGACAAACCAAACUAUCAAGGUUCCUCUGGGGCCUUGGGCAAAAGAAAAACAUUUGAAGGAGCUUGGCCUUUGGAGCCGAGUGUACUUGGAGAAUAAUCUCGAAGGCUUCGCCUUAAAAGUGACUACAAUGUUCGCUGGUUGGUCAGUCGAAGAGGCGCAAGUCUUCUUCGCUAAAAUGCGCAAGUCUCUGCGUGACCCAUCUAUACACAGCUAUAUAUACCUGAAGGUGGUUACUGGACAGAAGGCAAACGAGUAACAUGUGAGCGAGUAUUUGGCUUGUCGCUAAAUUGGGA